AUGGCUUUCAUGCUCAUGUUGGUUCUCAGUCUCCUUAAGCUGGGUUCAGGUCGGUGGCAGGUGAUUGGGCCAGACAGGACCAUCCAGGUCUUGGCUGGGGAGGAUGCAGAGUUCUCCUGCUUCCUCUCUCCUGAGGCAAGUGCAGAGGCCAUGGAAGUGCGCUUCUUCAAGGAUCGGUUCUCGGCUGUGGUUCACCUCUACAAAGAUGGGAAAGACCAAGAAAAUAUGAAGAUGCCAGAAUAUCAAAGGAGAACCGAGCUUGUAAAGGACUUCCUCGCUGAGGGGCGUGUCUCACUGAGGCUGAAGCAAGUCACUCCCUUGGAUGCUGGCUUGUAUGGGUGCUGGUUCGGCUCCCAGACCUACGAGCAGGAAGCCUUCUGGGAGCUACGGGUGGCAGAGCUGGGCUCCGUUCCCCUCAUUUCCAUCACGGGAUAUGUCCCCGGAGGCGUCCAGCUCCUCUGCCAGUCCUCAGGGUGGUUCCCUCGGCCUCAGGUGAAGUGGAAAGAUUCACGAGGAACCGUCUUACCCUCAGACUCCAAGGUCAAUGCAGACAGACACGGCUUGUUUGACGUGGAGACCUCCCUCACCAUCCAAGAGAAUUCUAGGAAUAUCUCCUGCUCCAUCGAACACUCUGACCAGAGCCAAGAGGUGGAAUCCAGAGUAUGCGUAAGAGAGGUGUUUUUCCAGCCCUCACCGUGGCUUGCGACUUCUAUUUUACUCAUGCUCCUCUUCUUUGGCCUGUGUGCUGGUAUCGUUGGGCUGACCAUUUCUUUUGUCAGAUCCCGUGAGAAAAUUCAAGAAAAAUUAAACUGGGAAGUGACGCAUGGACAUGCAGAGUGGAGAGAGGCCCAGAAACACACAGUGGAGGUGACGCUGGAUCCAGACACGGCUCACCCCCAGUUCCACAUUUCCAAUCUAAGAGCUAUGUGCUACAGGAAUGUUCCCCAGGAUGUGCCGCAGACAGAGAAGAGGUUUACCAGGAAGUGUGUGGUGGCGACUCAGGCCUUCCAGACCGGGAAACAUUACUGGGAGGUGGACGUGGGCUGCAAUGAGUACUGGUCCUUGGGAGUGUGCCGGGACGACGUGGACAGGAGGGAUAAGAGUGGGAUUUUGUCUCCCAAUUACGGAUACUGGGUCCUUGGACUGCGGGCAGACCAAAAUUAUUUUACAAUCAAUCCCAGUAUCAUCAACCUCUCUCCCAAAACGCCCCCCAGACGAGUGGGGAUCUUCCUGGACUAUGAGGGCGGGGCCAUCUCCUUCUUCAAUGUAAACGAUGAGUCCCUCAUUUACACCCUGACACAUCCGUUUCACGGACUUCUGAGGCCCUACCUUGAGCAUCAGACCUAUGAGGGGGAAAAUCCACAUCCUAUAUCCAUUUGUCCAGUGUCCCUGAGAUGA